CUAGUGCACAGGCUGAGAGAAGUGCAACUUAAGAUGGUGCAUCGAAAAACAGUGCCUUAGGACUGCAAGAGCUAUAAAGUGAACAUGAAUGCAGCACUAAUCCAUGACAAAUUGUUUAUAAAAGGAUUCUGGGAGAAAAGAAUUACAAACCACUCCCAGAUCAAAGAGAAUGAGGAAUUAAGACUGAAGAACAGUGCUAUGUCAAAGCUCCGUGCUGAAUGGCUAAUAAGACUCGAAAGUCGAACAAAACAUAUCAAGAACUUCAAUGACAUGCGUGCCGUUAUGCCAACAGAGGUCAACCACGCUGAUCGGGAAUAAUUCAAGACAUGCUUCCCAAUACAUAAAAUUUGGGAUGUUUUGCUACAGAGAAGAUAAAAUACAAAAUAAAAAGAAAUAUAUAAAUACA